AUGAGAUUUCUGAUCGCUUUCGCCGCCGUCCUCGGCUACGCCUCUGCUGGGCUCAUCGCCCCCCUGGUCUACGGUGCCAACGCCGGUGACGUCCAGGCCGCCGCCAUCGACGCCACCGUCGCCGCCCAGGACAACGCGCGCGCGCUCGGCGAAGGCCAGGCCCGCGCCGCCGAGGCGGUCCUGCAGGCGAACACUGAGGCAGUGCGCCAGGCAGCCGAGACCUCCCGGGACCUCCACGAGAACGCCUACUGGGGAAGCGUUGCCGCGUCGCAGAACUAUGUAGCCGCCGCCCAGUCCCAGGCCGCAGCCCUUAACGGAGCCGCUUCUGCCGUCCGCGCCGCACAACUGGCCGUUCCCGCCGUUGCACCCCUCGGCUACGCCGGUUACGGACUCCGCUCCGCCUACGGACUCUCUCCCUAUGGACUCGCUCCCUACGGACUCGGCCUCCACGCUUGG